UUCUUUAUUUCUGGUAAUGACAGCUUCAAAACUCCAAAACUUUGAAUUGAAUACGCAGAGAGAGAAAGAGAGAUAGGGAGACUUGUUUGUACAGACACAAAUCUAGGAGCGGAAGCUACGCCUCAACUAUCGAAUGAUUUUACUUUUUUUGAGGUGAAGAUGUUGUCAAAGGCAGAUAGCAAAAAGAAGGGUGUUGGGGUUUCAGGAAAUGGGAGGCUUUUGAGCGAUAUCGAAGCGAUAAAUAAGACGUUUUAUUCGGAUAAAACGCUAAGUAGGCUCGCUAGUUCCACGGCUAGUAGUCGAGCCAAGUCCAUUGGAAAGUCUCAUGUUAAGGAGUCUGCUAAAGAUUCGUUCGAGAGGGAUAAGAAGUCGUCUAUUUGGAGUUGGAAGGGUCUCAAGUCCUUGACUCAAGCGAGGAACCGCAGGUUCAAUUGCUGUUUCUCUCUCCAAGUCCACUCAAUCGAUGGCAUGCCAGCUCUCUUUGAUGGCACUUGUCUUGUUGUGCACUGGAAGAGGCGGGACGCUGAGCAGAUGACACGGCCGGUGAGGGUUUGUAGAGGAGUAGCUGAGUUUGAGGAUAUGCUGACUCAUUCUUGCUCGGUCUAUGGUAGUAGAAGUGGCCCCCACCAUUCAACGAAGUAUGAGGCAAAGCAUUCCUCGUUGUUUGUUUCUGCUUGUGAUGCCCCCGAGCUGGACUUGGGGAAGCAUCAGGUGGACUUGACUAGAUUGCUUCCUAUAACGUUGGAGGAGCUGGAGGAGGAGAAGAGCUCGGGUAAGUGGACGACUAGUUUCAGGUUGUCGGGUAAAGCAAGAGGUGCAACAAUGAACGUCAGUUUUGGAUACGCUAUUCAGAACAAUAACACUGAGGUGUCUUGUGUAAAAAGUGUUUCUGAGAUCCCCAGCUUUCAGCGUGACAGCACAAGGAUGGAAAAGCCUGUGGCGCCUUCUGAUCAAAUGACCGAACCAGACAUUUAUCGAUCGGGAAGUCUUCCUGUGAGGUUGUCUGCCACAAACCGGUAUGCAGAAGAUGUAAAGGAUCUUCAUGAGGUUUUGCCGAUGCCAAGGUCAGAACUGCUUGAGUCGAUGAGUAUACUCUACCAGAAACUGGAUGAAGAAAUUAGUAAUACUUCGGUUGAGAAUAAAACGGAGUCUGUUUCUUUAUCUUCAUGUCUUGGCCCGCACAAAGUGGAUCAGUCCAGAGCACCUGAUGCUGGUGAAGAGAAUUGUGGAAAUGAAUGUGAAAUUGCUGAGUUUUCGGUUGUAGAUAAGGGGAUAGAAGGCAAAGAAUAUGUGGGACCCGAAGAUGAGAUGUUGAAGAUUGCUGAAGAGACUGGAAAUGAUCUAGAAGCUGACUUUGCUGUUGAGAUGGUCCUUGGCUCGGGUAGCUCCUCUGAUCUCUCACCAAACGAACUAUCCUCUGAAGCUGACGAGCAAUCAGUACAAGCGUGCAACAACGCCGCGGAAGGAAAAAACAUCUCCGUGGAGGAAGCCCCUGAGCGAGAAAUGGAAUCUCCGCUAAGUUGUGUAACAGAGGUGGCGAAUGAAAAAUUAGAAUCUCAAAAUGAAGAGAUUGAUGCUAUACACUUUGAAAAUUAUUUGGAGGCUAAUUCUGAUUACCGAGAUUGUAACAAGGGAAAAUCGCUCGAUUUGGAUGAUAUUACUAACUCAGUGGCUACUGAUUUCUUGGAGAUGCUGGGUAUAGAUCACAGUCCAUUUAGCUUGAGUUCCGAAAGUGAGCCCGAGUCUCCAAGAGAGCGUCUGCUCAGGCAGUUUGAGAAGGAUUCUCUUGCCGAAGGAGGUUUACUCAACUUUGGUAUUGAUGAUUAUCCAUUAGAACUUGCAAGCGACAUUCCAAUGGGAAGUGGCUCUGAGGAUUUCCACCAUCCACAGAUAUUUGAAGGUGUCGAGGAGAUGUCUAGGAUGGCAGAUGCAUUCGGGGCUGAAACUAGGGCCUUGAGAAUGGAAGAUUUGGAAACCGAAGCCUUGAUGCGUGAGUGGGGCUUGAACGAGAGAGCAUUUCAACACUCUCCACCUGGUGGUUCUGGUUUUGGCAGUCCAAUUGAUAUGCCUCGUGACGAUCCUCAGCAGCUUCCUCCCCUGGGUGAAGGUUUGGGUUCCUUUGUGCAGACGAGAGACGGUGGGUUUCUACGAUCUAUGGAUCCUGCACUUUUCAGGAAUGCCAAGAGUGGUGGGAGUUUAAUUAUGCAGGUGUCCAAUCCUGUGGUGGUGCCUGCAGUAAUGGGGUCUGGUGUAAUGGACAUACUUCAAGGUCUGGCGUCUAUCGGGAUCGAGAAGCUCUCUAUGCAGGCCAAGAAAUUAAUGCCAUUGGAAGAUCUAACGGGGAAGACCAUCCAACAGGUAGCUUGGGAAGGCGAACUGCGUCUGGAGGGACCUGAGAGGCAAGAGUUGGUGCAUCAGGAAUCCGAAGUAAUGAAGAACGUGCAUCAUGAAAACAAGAACGUGAAAGGCUCAUCCCGUUUCCAAUCGCUUAAAAGGGACACGGAAUAUGUGUCUUUAGAGGAUCUUGCUCCUCUGGCCAUGGAUAAAAUUGAAGCGCUUUCGGUCGAGGGCCUGAGGAUACAAUCCGGCAUGUCAGACGACGAUACUCCUUCAAAUAUUAGUGCGCAGUCGAUUGGGGAAUUUUCUGCACUCAAGGGAAAGACGGUCGAUGUUGGUGGCUCCAUAGGUCUUGAUGGCAGUGGUGGAUUGCAGCUGCUUGAUGUUAAAGAUAAUGGCGAAGAUGUUGAUGGGUUGAUGGGCCUGUCUCUGACACUCGACGAAUGGAUGAAGCUGGAUUCCGGUGACAUCGAUGAUGAUGAUCUUGCAAGCGAGCGGACCUCCAGAAUACUGGAAGCCCAUCACGCUACUUCUCUGGACCAUUUUCGAGGGAGGUCAAAGGGGGAGAAGAGACGGGGAAGGAGUCGGAAGUAUGGUCUGUUAGGCGACAAUUUCACUGUGGCGUUAAUGGUUCAGCUGCGCGACCCUCUACGUGACUAUGAGCCAGUUGGCACCCCGAUGCUCGCUCUCAUUCAAGUUGAGAGAGUGUUUGUUCCUCCAAAGCCUAGAAUCUACAGCACGGUUUCUAUAUGGAGGAGCUCUGACGAUGAUAACGAGGAUAAACGAACCAAGGCCGGUGCCAAAGAGGACAAUGUUGCGGAAAAGCAGACAGAAGACGAGAGUAACGAGGAAGAGAAGAUUCCCCAAUACAAGAUAACUGAGGUGCAUGUGGCCGGAUUGAAGGCGGAGCAGGGGAAGAAGAAGCUUUGGGGUUCUGCGAAUCAGCAACAGUCAGGAUCCCGGUGGCUGCUUGCGAAUGGAAUGGGGAAGAAGAAUAAGCACCCGUUAAUGAAGUCAAAGGGUGCUCCCAAAUCAUCUGCUGCCUCUGCGCCAACUUCAACAACUGUGCAGCCGGGAGAGACGUUGUGGAGCAUUUCUUCUCGGGUCCAUGGAUCCGGGGCGAAAUGGAAAGAACUCGCGGCACUCAAUCCACACAUUAGAAAUCCGAACGUCAUCCUCCCAAACGAGACGAUCAGAUUACGCUAGGAGGUUGAAACCUCUGUCUAUAUCAACUGUGAGUAGCUUGAUUUUAUAUAUGCAUAUAGAGGCUCUCCUUUGAAGUGAACUAAAACUUUCAUUCUUGCCAGUGUGAAAAAAUGUGAAACAUAGAAUAUAGGUUUGUUGUUUUGACUUUUCAUUUAUGAUUUAAUGAGAUCUUUCUUCACUUGAAA